CGCUCUAUCGCCAUCUGGUGACAGUGAACACUUACUACGGCGGCGCUWCCUUGUGAGGGCAGACAGCUGAGGACACUUGAUUCAACAUGGCAACCAGGUGGGGAAUCUGCGGCGCAGGGAAGAUCAGUGAUGACUUCACUGUGGCUCUGAAAACUCGUCCUACAGAAGACCAUCAGGUUGUGGCUGUAGCUUGUAAAUUGGARGAYGCUCAGGAGUUUUCCAGAAAACACAACAUCUCUCAGGCUUACGGCAGCUAUGAGGAGCUGGCCAGAGAUCCAGAUGUAGAUGUUGUGUAUGUUGGAGUCAUCCACCCAUACCAUCUGAAGGCCUGUAAACUUUUUAUAAAUGCCAAAAAAAAUGUUCUGUGUGAGAAGUCGCUGGCCAUGAACACCAAGGAGGUGAAGGAGAUUCUGGACUCUGCCAAAAAGAACAAUGUCUUCCUCAUGGAGGCUGCAUGGACCCGUUUCUUUCAGGCCUCUGUGCAGAUCAGAAAUCUGCUGUCCUGGGAGUACAUAGGGGAGGUGAAGAUGGUCCGUGCGGACUAUGGUGUGCCGCUGUUGCACAUGUCAAGAUCGGAUCAGAAGGACCGUUGUGAAGGCGCAUUACUAGGUCUUGGUAUCUGCUGCCUUCAAUUCAUAAGUAUGGUGUACAACGGAGAGAAGCCGGAGAGUAUCCAAGCCAGCGGAACCUGCCUGGAGACGGGGGUGGAUGAGACUUUGGCAGUCAUUCUUGGGUAUUCUAAAAACAGAAUGGCAAUGUUUACCUGCUCUGCUGGAGUUGAGCUACACAGUGAUGCCCUUAUUGUUGGGACAAAAGGCACAAUCCAGGUUCUUUCUCCUAUGUGGUGCCCCACAUCACUGGUUGUUAAUAGGAAGGAGACCCAGCAGCUGGUACCUGAACCCUCCUUGUCUCUCAACUUUACCUACAGCACAGGGAAACGUUGCGAAAUAGAGGAGGUCCGCCAAUGUCUGCUCAAGGGUCGGAAGGAGAGUCCAGACACGCCCCAGGCCUACACUCUGCUGCUGGCUGAAAUGGGGGAUGAGAUCUGCCAGCAGGUGGGAGGGGUGUACAGCCAGGACUGCCAACGAUCCUUUUGGAGGAACAUGGCAACCAGGUGGGGAAUCUGCGGCGCGGGAAAGAUCAGUCACGACUUUACUGUGGCUCUGAAAACUCUUCCUGCUGAAGACCAUCAAGUUGUGGCUGUUGCAGCUCGUAAAUUGGAGGACGCUCAUGAGUUUUCCAGAAAACACAACAUCUCUAAGGCUUACGGCAGCUAUGAGGAGCUAGCCAGAGAUCCAGACAUAGAUGUUGUGUAUGUUGGAGUCAUCCACCCAUACCAUCUGAAGGCCUGUAAACUUUUCAUAAAUGCUAAAAAGAAUGUUCUGUGUGAGAAGCCGCUGGCCAUGAACACCAAGGAAGUGAAAGAGAUUCUGGACUCUGCCAAAAAGAAUGAUGUCUUCCUCAUGGAAGGUGUGUGGACCCGUUUUUUCCCAGCCUCUGUGCAGAUCGGAAAGCUGCUGGCUCAGGAGUACAUAGGGGAGGUAAAGAUGGUCCGUGCRGACUUUGGUGUGCCACUGUUCCACAUGCCAAGAUCAGAUCAGAAGGACCUCGGUGGGGGAGCAUUACUAGAUCUUGGUAUCUAUUGCCUUCAAUUCAUAAGUAUGGUGUACAAAGGAGAGAAGCCRGAGAGUAUCCAAGCCAGCAGGGUCUGCCUGGAAACUGGAGUGGAUGAGACUUUGGCUGUCAUUCUUAAGUAUUCUAAAAACAGAAUGGCGAUGUUCACCUGCUUUGCUGGGGUCCAGCUGCACAAUGAUGCCAUUAUUGUUGGGACAAAAGGCAAAAUCCAGGUCCCUUCACCGAUGUGGUGCCCCACAUCACUGAUUGUUAAUAAGAAGGAGACCCAAUAUCCGGUACCUGAACCCUACUUGCCUCUAAACUUUGCCAACAGCACAGGGAAGCGUUACGAAGCAGAGGAGGUCCGCCAAUGUCUGCUCAAGGGGCUGAAGGAGAGUCCAGUCAUGCCUCAUGCUGACUCUCUGCUGCUGGCUGAAAUGGAGGAUGAGAUCCGCCGGCAGGUGGGAGGGGUGUACAGCCAGGACUGCCAGUAAAAGUUCAACUUGCUCAUGCUGUGCUUUAAUAUGACCAGUUUACAAUGAAGACCAACUUACUCUGUUUAAUUCCGGAAUAGUCCAUUUCAUGUGAUUAAAAGUGUUUAUUUUUGUAGGAAAACGCUGCUUGACCUCCAACUUUGAUUAACUUAUUUUUUGAAAUGUAAACCACUCGAUGACCUCUCUCAACCACAUGAGAGCAGUUAGGAAGCUGUUUAAUAUUUACAUGUUACACACCAGCUUUGUAUACAGAUUUAUUGAAACUCGCUGAACACUGUCAACAAUGAAAUGUAAAAUCUUUGACAACCUGUGAAAUAAAUUUAUUGCAAAGUUCUAAAAUUGCAAA